AUGGCGAAAAAGAAACUGCCGACGAUGAGGCGGAAGCUGAGGCGGGUUGCCGUGCUGCUGUUUCUCUUCAUUGUGGCCACGACUGCUCUUUCCUUCAGGUUCGACACCGCCGCCGAUGAUGGCGCACCGGGGCCAAACAACCUUCGCCACCCGCGCGCGGCCGCAGCGGAUGACGCAGCACUUGCUUACAUCCCGCGCAGUGUUCUGGACACGUGGAGCCGGCGGGGGUAUCUGAUUGUGCUGGGCAUCCCCUCCCCGGAGAACGAAGAAAGGCGAACACGACGCAAACUGCAGCGGACGGUGUGCGGGAGGCGGGUCGGGUAG